CGACUGGGCUUUACAUUCAUCUUUGGUCCAAACCACAUGUCCUACCAAGCACUACCAACCAUAAUAUACUCCAAAACCCAAACCCUCGUUUAACUACUCUCUCUCUCUCGGUCUCUCUCUCGCUUAAACCUCUUCCCGCCGUCGGCCGGAAACACAUUACUCUCCGGCGACAAUGGCGGCGCAAUCCCUCCGUUUCUCACUCUCUCUCAUCUCUCCAACACCAACAACCAAACAAACCCAAGCGAGCCUCAUCUCUCCAAAACCCUACUUCCGCAUUUCGAAACCCAUCAAAUACUCUCCGAUCCGUUCAGAACUCUCGGCGCCGGCAACCAAGCCGUUAGUUUCUAACGGCGCGGUGGUUCUCAAGCCAAGCGCCAAUGACCUAGAGCUAGGCCCAGUAAUUGAGAUUGAUCGAGUGGUCGAGAGUGAUUUGAAAGAGAAUGGGUUUCGAGGGACUCGAAAGACCAAGAUUGUGUGUACUAUUGGACCGGCUACGUGUGAAAUUGAGGAUAUUGAGGCGCUAGCGGUGGGAGGAAUGAAUGUGGCUAGGCUUAAUAUGUGUCAUGGUACUCAUGAGUGGCAUAGGAGUGUGAUUGAGAAAAUUAGGAGGCUUAAUGAGGAGAAAGGCUUCGGUGUUUCGAUUAUGAUGGACACGCAAGGGAGUGAGAUUCAUAUGGGUGAUCUUGGCGGUGCUUCUGCCGCUAAAGUUGAGCAUGGUGAUGUAUGGACAUUUACUGUGAGAUCCUACGAGUCAGAAUUGCCUGAACGCACUGUUAGUGUCAAUUAUGAUGGGUUUGCUGAAGAUGUGUAUAUUGGUGAUGAACUCAUUGUGGAUGGUGGAAUGGCAAGGUUUGAAGUGAUUCAAAAGAUUGGGCCUGAUGUCAAGUGCCUGUGUACAGACCCUGGAUUGUUGUUGCCACGCGCUAACCUUACUUUCUGGAGGGAUGGGAGACUGGUUCAAGAGCGUAAUGCCAUGUUGCCAACAAUUUCUGCCAAGGAUUGGCUAGAUAUUGAUUUUGGAAUAUCAGAAGGUGUUGAUUUCAUUGCAGUGUCUUUUGUCAAGUCUUCUGAAGUGAUUAAUCACUUAAAGAAAUAUCUUGCUGCAAACCCGAAUGAUAGUGGCACUUAUGUAAUUUCGAAGAUCGAGAAUGUUGACUCUUUAAAGAACUUGGACACUAUAAUAGAGGCAUCUGAUGGAGUUAUGGUAGCAAGGGGAGACCUUGGUGCUCAAAUACCCUUGGAACAAGUACCAUCAGUACAAAAGAAGAUUGUUGAGAUGUGCAGGGAGCUGAAUAAACCCGUUAUUGUUGCCUCGCAGUUGCUUGAAUCUAUGAUUGAGUACCCAAUUCCUACAAGAGCGGAGGUUGCUGAUGUUACAGAAGUAAUCAAGCAACAAGCAGAUGCUUUAAUGCUUUCGGGUGAGUCGGCCAUGGGUAUGUACCCAUUUAAAGCAUUAUCUGUGCUAAGAAGUAUUAGUUUGAGAAUUGAAAAGUGGUGGAGGGAGGAGAACUGUCACAGGCCUCGCAAACUUCCGACUGCUACCUUUACUUCCCCAAAUAUUGUAACAAAUGAGUUAUGCACUGCUGCCGCCAGCAUGGCCAACAAAUUGGGAGCAGAUGCACUGUUUGUUUAUACAAAAUCAGGAUAUAUGGCCUCUCUCCUUUCACAGUGUCGACCUGACUGCCCAAUCUUUGCAUUUACGCCCUCAGUAUCUGCGAGGAGGCGCAUGAAUCUGCAGUGGGGACUUGUACCUUUUUGCCUUAAUUUCCCCGAGGAUGAUGACAGCACCCUUAAGAAGACUUUUGCUUUUCUAAAGGCAAGAGGGAUGAUCAAACCUGGUGAUAAAAUAAUAUCAGUAUCGGAUAAGCUGCAAUCAAUUCAAGUUGUAAAUGUUCCCCGAGAAUAGAAGCCGUUUUUAGCACUGUUUCGAUAGGGAGGUCUGUUCGUACGUUAGAGUGCAAUCCUAUGUUAGGAAAGGUAAUUACCAUUUUUUUAACUGCAUAAUCUAUAUGAGAUGGUGUAGUUGCGAGUUGGAACCCUUGUUUGAAUGAGAAAAAUAGCAAGCUAGAAGAGAUGUUUCCAAGUUAA